AUACUUUGUACCGCUAGUACGCAGUGUAUACGUAUCGUAAUGGUAAUCCACGUUCAAAGGUCGAAUAUUGUCUAUAGUAACGAUAUGAAUAUAUAUCUUGUACAUUAUAUAUCAGUUAAAUUUUAUUAUAUUUUUUUAUCGUGUUGAUUGGUCACCGGGAACUAUUUAACGAAUAUUUUCUUACGCUCUCACUUUCUUUAAGUUCUGUUAAACUCUUUUAGUUCACUUCCAAUUUAGUUUGAUUGCUAUACUAGUGCGCACCUGUCGUUUUCGUAAUAAUUAUUAUAUUUCUUAUACUUUCUACAACAUGAUAAACACAGGAAAACUAGCAGGACUUACUAUUUUCGUAACUGGUGCAUCACGAGGUAUUGGAAAGAGUAUUGCUUUAAAGGCAGCAAGGGACGGAGCAAAUAUAGUAGUUGCUGCAAAAACAGCAGAACCUCAUCCAAAAUUACCAGGCACUGUUUACAGUGCAGUUGCAGAAAUCGAAGAAGCAGGUGGUAAAGCUCUUCCUUGUAUUGUCGAUAUCAGAGAUGAAGGACAAGUAAAAUCUGCUGUUGAAAAUGCAAUUAAUAAAUUUGGUGGCAUUGAUAUCGUUGUUAACAACGCAAGUGCCAUAUCCUUAACAGAUACUCUGGCCACAGACAUGAAAAAAUAUGAUCUUAUGAAUAAUAUUAAUGCAAGAGGUACUUUCCUUGUGUCCAAGCUAUGUAUACCUCAUCUAAAAAAGAGUGCUAAUCCUCAUAUAGUAAACAUAAGUCCACCAUUGAAUAUGAAACCAAUUUGGUUCCAAAAUCAUCUGGCAUAUACAAUGGCCAAGUAUGGAAUGUCUAUAUGUGUACUUGGCAUGGCAGAAGAGUUUAAAAAAGAUGGUAUUGCUGUUAAUGCUGUAUGGCCAAAAACUGCUAUCCAUACUGCUGCAAUUGAGAUGCUAACAGGGCCAAACUCUAGUAAUUACAGUCGUAAAGCUGAAAUUGUGGCAGAUGCCGUUUAUGCUUUAAUUUGUAAAGAUAGUAGAUCUAUCACUGGACAAUUUUUAAUUGACGAAGAUAUAUUAAGAAAGGAAGGCAUUACUGAUUUUAAACAUUAUGCUUGCAAUCCAGAAAACGCAGACAAUUUGAUGCUCGAUUUUUUUCUGGAUGAUUAUACUAAUUCCAAACUCGAUUUGAAUGCUAUAAAGGAUACAGUCAAACAGCCAUCCCAGAAAUCUAGUGAUUUUGGUAAUGGAAAAGUUGCAGAAAUAUUUUCUGCUAUUAAUGCUAACUUGAAUUCAGAGCUUGUUAGCAAAACUAAUGCUUUAUAUCAAUUCAAUGUGAAAGGAGAAGAAGCUAGUACGUGGUAUUUAGAUCUUAGAAAUGGUAAUGGUUCUACUGGGAAAGGUGAACCAAAAGAUCCAGCAGACGCAACCCUUACAAUGAAUUCGGAACAAUUCUUUGCAAUGUUUUCUGGUAAACUAAAGCCAACAACAGCAUUUAUGACAGGAAAAUUGAAGAUCAGUGGUAAUCUUCAAAAAGCUAUGAAAUUGGAAAAAUUAAUGAUGAGCUUAAAAGCUAAACUUUAAGACUGAUAUCUUUUUUAAUUUUAUAUGAUUUCUUGGAAGUAUUACGAAUAUAUAAAUUGGAAUGCA